AUGUCGAAUCUAACUGAUAUGCAUUUCAGUCUGCUGAACAAAUCUCACGAUCAUCUAUUAACUUAUCGUGCAUUCGAGCAAGUUCGUCUGAUCGCUCUUCGACAUUUUUGGAUACCGAAUUCCAUUAUUUUUCACAGUCCGAAUGAUGAGUCAGAUAAUGCCUUUGAAUUUUCGCUAACGAUAUCGAAUGAACGUUACUAUUUGUAUAUUCCAUGGAAUAUUGAUGAAUACCAAAUCCAAUGUCAUAUAUCAUGUCGAAAACUAGCUGAUGAUGGUUAUGCAUGGACAAUUCGUAUGUUAGAUCGAAUAUUACGAUUACUAUGUGAUCAUUGUCCUGGCCUCUUCCAACUCGAAUAUCGCAAUGGUUUAUUUGGUCGACAGAUAAAUCGUUCGAUUGUGUACAACGGCCUUACUAAUCUUCAUCCCAUGGACUAUAGUCAUUGGAAACAACGUGUACAGCUGCAGUAUGAUCGUUUGAGUCCAACGAGGCAAACGACAACGAUCUUAUCUGAUAUCGAACAGACAAAUAAUGGUAAUGAGUAUGCGAUACGUUCAAUUAAAUAUCAAACACUCGGCCAUGGAAGAAUACUUAAUGAAUCUUAUUAUGAUUGGUAUGUGUGA